UUGAUCUUGAAGCUGAUUGUACUCAGAUUUCUAUCAUUUUUUCAGUCAUGAACCUGAUUGUAUUUUGUGCUCUACAUUAUACAGGUAUCAAUGGGCUUUGGUACAAUUACAGCUCAUGCACUGAUGAGUUUAGAAGCUCGUGGAACUCUCUUUGUGACUCCUGGGAUGGAGACAUAUGAUGGCAUGAUUGUUGGUGAACAUUCACGGGAUACGGAUCUAGAUAUCAAUCCAAGUAGGGCUAAAGAACUUACUAAUGUGCGUGCUGCUAGCAAGGAUGAGAAUGUGAAGCUAUCACCACCUUGCCUAAUGACUCUUGAAGAAGCCAUUGGCUAUGUAGCUUCUGAUGAGCUUAUUGAGGUAACACCAAAGGCCAUUCGGUUAAGGAAUAAAUACCUGGAUGUUAACAAGCGUAAAACCAUGAGUAAAAGGCCAAAGGAGUGAAGCAUUUUUUCUUGAUACAGUUUUGUAACCUUAUUAUUAUUGAUUGUACCAUGAGCUAGCUAGCAGGUGAAGGGUGCAAUUGUGACCGGAUUUAAUGGAUGCACGUGUAACUUACCAAUCAAUAAGAAGAAGAAAAAAAAGAAAAGUAGGGUAGUUUUUGUACUCAAUUCUUUUUGUUUGCCUCAGAUUAGGUGAUAUGGAACAUUGAAAUCAUAUUUCAUAAAUGAUGAGCGAGAGUUGAUCUAUUUAUAAGAAUCAAUCAUGGUAGUGAGAUAGUUGCUCAUUUUUUGUCA